AUGAGCGAAAAUGGGACCCUUUCGAGUGUAUGGGACACUAAGAUACAACAGUUUCAUGGAGGUCAGGACUGGAAACAACUGGAUAAUUUUAUAGAGGAUUUCUCGGUCACCACCAACGCGUUAGGAACGCCAAAAAAUGCGUUAGAGGCGUCCAGAGAAGCUGUUAGUGACUUUGAGAAUCACCAGGAACCUGCAAAGACUUCCCUUGCUCAAUUUCUUUGGCCUGAUGAUUAUUCAAAACAUAAAGAUCGACUACUUCUCGGAAACGGUGCAAGUGAACUAAUCGAUUUGGUAAUACGUUCUGCUCCAAGCGGUCCUUGGAAACCAGGUCCUUGGGAUACUCAGUAUAAAGAGUAUCAGAGAUCGGCAGAAGCUAAUGGUCGAAAUGCCCUUCGCUCUCAAGACGGCACUCGAGCCACGCUUUUGUGCAUCGUAAACCCGUGUAACCCCACCGGAGAUUAUUUCAAUGUCGGAGAGUUAAAACAGUGGAUUAUUGAUAAUGUCAAAGAUGGGGGCGUCGUUAUCGUCGAUGAAUCAAUGCAACCUUGGUUAUCUUCCGAGUUUCGAUCUGAUUCUCUCACCUCUCAACACGAAUUCCUCGCCUCAAUUUACUUGGAAAAUGAUAUUUCUGUCUACGUCAUACAUUCUUGGACGAAGAUUUGGUCAUGCGCGGGCUUACGCCUAGGAUCCGUCGUGUGUCCCACUGCUAAGCACUGUGACGCAUUGAAAAAGAUACAGGUUCCUUGGAGUGUUAAUACCCCGGCAUUGGCAUUCUUAGAUGCAGUUGUUAAGGAUCACAAGUAUAUGGAACGAACAUGGGAGGUUACAACUAAAUGGCGCGCCGAAAUUAUUAACAGGUUAACAGUUCUCUCGAAAGCAAUUGUUGAAUUUCGUAAUGACGAAAAACUUGCCUGGACAUUUCAUGGUAAAAAUUUUUUGUCGUGGGUAUGGAUUGAUAUGAAGACCGUCGAAAUCGCCAAGGAAGCAGUGACCAAAGCCAAAAUUGCGGGCGUGCCUGUGAGGAGCGGUAAUCCCGGGUACAACCGACCGACCUUUGUCCGAGUGGCGGUCCGAGAGCUUUCUAAAGUGGAUUCAUUGAUUCAAGCAUGGAUUACAUUAGGGAUUCGAUGA